GUGAUAUGUGCGAUAUUUUAUCUAAUGUCUCCACCCGCUUGGACGAACUAUUAAACAACCCAAAGUGCUUCGUAACUUUAUAGGAAUUCAUUAAAAACACAGUGAUAAAUCAAUAUAAUUAUUGUGAAAUGAAGUGAUGAAGAAACAGAAAAAACUGAUUUGGCUUAAAGGACUUUGUUUUCAAGCCAGUAAAAAAUUAUAAAAAAAAAAACCAGCUGUAACACUGAAACUUGAACGAACAAAUAUUAAUUUAGAAUUUAGAGCAUGAUAAAUAAUUACACUUUAAUAAUAAUAUUGUGAAACUUGUAAUAAUUUUUACUUUGAGUUUAAAAGGGAAAAUUAAGAUGACUACUAGAACUUUAAUAGAUUUCGUUGUGAAAUUCCACAAACCACGUUUACUCAACAACAUUGUUUAUUUCCCUAGCAGUGGCAAUUCAUUCUUCGGAAGGCGUUUAAUAAUAUCGGCGGCUCCCCUAUCAACUUCAACUCCAAAAAUACAGUCUCCGAGGCUUUUCAGCACGACAACAACAAAGUUAAAUGAAGUUUUAUCAGCAGAACAGAAGAAAACUGAAGGAAAAUUCCAACUAAUGUUUACUUGUAAGAAAUGUAACACAAGAAAUAGUAAAAUUAUUACGAAACUGGCAUAUUACAAGGGUGUUGUUAUAGUGAUAUGUCACGGAUGCGAAAAUAAACAUUUGAUAGCAGAUAACCUUAAUUGGUUUUCGGAUAUGGAAGGUAAAAAAAACAUUGAAGACAUCAUGGCUGAAAAAGGUGAAACAGUACAGAAAAUAAUGUCAACGGACCUAGAAUUCAUUGCUACAGAAUUAGUCAAAGAAGCAGAUACUCCUGAAAAGGCCUUAUUUCUAAAAUAACAUUUUGUUUUUCAUUGCUAUUAUCUUUUGAAAUUGGUAUUUUUCUUGUGUAAUUUUGAUGUGAUAUUCAAUUAAAUAUUUGUUAUGUUA